AUGGGCACCCGUGAUGCUGUCCCCCCAGCCAAGGUUCUGGCCCCCGUGGCCGUGUACCGUGGGAGUGUCCCUCGGACCAGUGCCGGGCCCCACGCACUUCCGGGCGGAAGCAGUGACUCCAGGCUUCGGACUUAUGGAGAAGCGUCCCUCCAGCCAGCUCCGAGGGUCUUGCAAGAGGAGCCGUUGCAGCCCUUGAGUGGACAAGUGGAUCCUGGCAACCUCAAGCUGGAUGCCCCUCCAAAGGGAUGGCAGGCCAGGAAUGGCCACCCCAGGAACAUUGCUGCCUUAUCUGUGGGGCCCAACCACCCGGCACCCUUUUUGGAGUCUGAGGCCAACAGUGUGGCCCGGGACACCACCCAGAUCAAGGACAAGCUCAAGAAAAGGAGGCUCUCAGAGGGCUUGGCAUCAUCUUCCCAAGUCUCUCUGGAUCCUUUGGGAGGCCCCAGAGGAGUUCCUCUGAGGAGCUUCAUCCCCCGGGCCACCUCUCAGAGGCUGCUGAGGGUGCCCAAGCCGAUGCCCCCCAUCCAGAGCAUCCCCACCACCCCUGAGGCUGGCGGAGCCAAGGAGAAUGGCCUGGAUCUGCCCGGGAGCAGCCAGGGUCCCCAGGAGCUGAGACCCGGAGCCCAGGAGGUGCAGAUCUCCAGGCACUACCUGCACUGCAAGGAUGAGAAGAUGCACAAGUCACUGGGGGGUCUUGUGAUCCCGCCCAUCCCAAAGGCCGGGGUGCCCGCUGGGACCCCCUCCGGUGCACCUGGCUCCCUUCCCCGCCUCCUGCCUCCAGGCCAGGAUGUCCUCACGGGCCUGAGGGUCCCCCGCACACGAUUGGUUCGGGAGAGUGGGCCUCGGGAGAAGACCCCUAAAUCUCUGGAGCCAAAACCUUCGGCUCCACCUGCCAGAGACAGGUCUGCUGCCCCCGAGAAGGCUGCCCUGCCUUCAUCUCACUCUGCUCCUAUGAUGACAACCUUCUCCUUCGGCCAUGCCAAAGAAGCCCGCCUCUUGCUCAAAGAGGAAGACCAGAGGGAGAGCAGUACCAAGAUCCAGGUCACCAUCUCCAAGUCUGCCCAGGAGAAGAUGCGGCUGAGGCAGAUGAAGGAGUUGGAGUUCCAGAGGGCACAGGAGCCGGAGAGGGAGAGGGAGCUUGCUUCCCAGAGCCUGGGCUCCCGGAGAUCCCUGAUGAAGGAAGGCCUCCUUCCCCUCCGGGGCAGUGGAACCUUGUCUGUGCCCACUGGGCUGAGCAUCCCACGCAGAAACAUGGGUGUCACCCUCAGGAAGCGGGCCAACCGGGCCUCAUUACCCAGCAUCCCUGUCAGCAAGCAGGAGCCCAGCUUUGCCCGCCAUGCUUCAGCCAACUCACUCCCUGCGGUGCUUGCCUUGGGGUCUCCCGAAUGGGAAGAAGAGGAGGAGGAGAUGGCUCUCAGAGCCUCUAAGGAGCUGAGGCCUUUCUCGAACCCUGAGCUGGGGCUGAUGGAUGCCCUCCAGUGCCUCGAGAGCAGUGACUGGCAGAUGAAGGAGAAGGGCCUGGUGAGCAUUCAGCGCCUGGCGGCCUGUCAUUCAGAUGUCCUUGCUGGGAGGCUGCACGACGUGUCCUUGGCUGUGACGGGGGAGGUCACCAACCUCCGCUCCAAAGUGUCACGCCUGGCCAUCAGCACCCUGGGAGACCUCUUCCGGGCCUUGAAGAAGAACAUGGACCAGGAGGCCGAGGAGAUCACCCGCUGCCUGCUCCAGAAGAUGGGGAAUACCAGCGAGUUCAUCCAGAGAGCGGCCAACCGGUCCCUGGGGGCCAUGGUGGAGCAUGUGACCCCUGCCCGCUCCCUGGGGGCCCUCACCUCAGCGGGCAUCUACCACCGAAACCCCUUAGUCCGGAAAUGCACUGCCGAGCACCUCUCAGCCGUCCUGGAGCAGAUAGGCGCCGAGAAGCUUCUCUCAGGCACCAGGGACAGCACAGAUAUGCUGGUGCGCAACUUGGUGAGGCUGGCCCAGGACUCCAACCAGGACACCAGGUUUUAUGGCCGGAAGAUGGUGAAUAUCUUGAUGUCGAACACGAAGUUUGAUGCAUUUCUGAAGCAGAGCCUCCCGUCCCAUGACCUGCGGAAGGUCAUGGCUGCCAUUAAGCAGCGGGGAAUAGAAGACAGUGAUGGACUUUCAUCUGCCAAGGGCCGCAAGGUGUCAAGGAGUCUGGUGCUGUGUGAGAACGGGCUGCCCGGCGAGGAUGGGCUCAGUUCCAAUGGCCCUCGGCUGGCAGGGCUACGGCCCUCCAUGCACAGUGGCCCGGAGGUGGUGGAAUGGCUUCGGGAGCUGACGCGACUGCUGGAGGCCAGAGAAUACCAGUCUCGGAUGGAGGGCGUGGGGCGGCUCCUGGAGCGCUGCAAGGCUGAGCCAGAGCUCAUCACCGCCAACCUGGUCCAGGUCUUUGAUGCUUUCACCCCAAGGCUUCAGGACUCCAACAAGAAAGUGAACCAGUGGGCCCUGGAGUCCCUUGCCAAGAUGAUCCCCCUCCUCAAAGCAAGCUUACACCCUAUGCUGCUCUCCAUCAUCAUCGCUGUUGCAGACAACCUCAACUCCAAGAACUCGGGGAUUUAUACCGCCGCCACGGCUGCGCUGGACGCCAUGAUUCAGAACCUGGACAAGCUUUGCCUCCUACAAGCGUUUGCUGGGCAGGUGCGCUUCCUGAGUGGCCGUGCAGUGCUUGAUGUCACAGAACGUCUGUCCGUGCUGGUGGCCUCUGUUUACCCCCAGAAGCCCCAGGCCGUGGAGCGUCAGGUCCUUCCGGUCCUCUGGUAUUUCCUGAACAACAUGACGGGGAACGGUGUCCUGCCUGGGCAUGGCAGGAACGUCCGCGUGGCGGUGUGCCGGCUGUCCAGGGGCCUCCAGGAACAGAUGGGCUCCCGGCUGCGGCACCUGGCUGCUGGCCAGCCAAAGCAAGUCCUCAAAAUGCUCCAGGAACUCUUAGACACAGAAUCCCGGUGA